AGCAAGAUUUGGCGAAGCGAUCGACGGAGGGUCGUUUCCGGCUCCGCCCCCUCUCGGUCGCUCCGUGGGAUGCGGGAAAGUUCACGCUUUCUGGUGCCCCCUUCCCUCCGCUCUUCAAUCUCCAACCGUGCUCUUCGGCUCCGUCUCGUCGCUGUUGGAUCUUCGAAACCCUCGCCAAGGGUUUCCGGCCUUUGAUCGCACCAAGAACAACGAGUCCGUGUAUACUCCCAUCUUGCCGUCUGUUCCUCUAUUGGAACCGAAGUUCUGGGAUCUUUUGCUCUAGACAAGCACCAGAGAGCGAUGACCGAGGAGCCCAAGAAAGGCGAUGAUAACGCCACUACCGACAUAUACAAUGUCGAAGCUGCCGAAAUUCUUGUGAAUGAGGCCCAGGCUCUUCCUAUCACCGAGGCGGCUCCAAUCUAUGAGCAGCUCCUUUGUACAUUUCCCACGGCUGCAAAAUACUGGAAGCAAUAUGUGGAGGCAUACAUGGCUAUCAACAAUGAUGAAGUUACAAAACAAAUUUUCAGUCGGUGUUUAUUGAAUUGUCUUCAAAUAUCUCUUUGGCGGUGUUACAUUAGCUUUAUAAAGAAAGUAAAUGAGAAGAAGGGACUUGAGGGUGUAGAGGAAACCAAGAAAGCUUUUGAUUUCAUGCUGAACUAUGUUGGAUACGAUAUUGCUUCUGGACCUGUAUGGUUGGAGUACAUUGCUUUCUUGAAGUCAUUGCCAGCUAAGACAGCUCAAGAAGAAUCACAUCACAUGACUUCUGUAAGGAAAGCCUACCAAAGAGCAAUUGUAACUCCAACUCAUAAUGUAGAACAGCUCUGGAAAGACUAUGAAAACUUUGAGAACUCUGUUAGUCGCACGUUGGCAAAAGGGCUUUUAUCUGAAUAUCAACCAAAGUUUAAUAGUGCCAAGGCUGUAUACAGAGAGCGGAAAAAAUAUGUUGAUGAAAUUGACUGGAAUAUGCUUGCUGUGCCUCCAACCGGCUCUUACAAGGAAGAGCAACAAUGCAUGGCUUGGAAAAGACUUCUGAUUUUUGAGAAAGGGAACCCACAAAGGAUCGACACUGCAUCUGCCAAUAGACGGAUUACCUUCACGUAUGAGCAGAGUCUCAUGUAUCUCUAUCAUUAUCCUGAUCUGUGGUAUGAUUAUGCUACAUGGCAUGCAAAUAGUGGUUCUGUGGAUUCUGCAAUUAAAAUUUUUCAGCGGGCUUUGAAGGCUGUUCCUGAUUCUGAAUUACUGAAAUAUGCAUAUGCGGAACUAGAAGAAUCUCGGGGUGCAAUUCAGCCUGCCAAGAAAAUAUACGAGAGUCUUCUUGCUAGCAGUUCUAAUUCAAUGUCUCUAGCUCACAUUCAGUUUAUUCGAUUCUUAAGGAGAACCGAAGGUGUUGAAGCAGCUCGGAAGUACUUCUUGGAUGCUAGAAAAUCACCAAGCUGUACAUAUCAUGUCUUUGUUGCUUAUGCUAUGAUGGUCUUUUGUGUCGACAAGGACCCAAAGGCUGCACACAACAUCUUUGAAGCUGGAUUAAAGAAAUUCAUGAAUGAACCUGGUUACAUUCUUGAAUAUGCAGAUUUUUUAUGUCGUUUAAAUGAUGAUAGAAAUGUACGUGCUCUAUUUGAGCGGGCUUUGAGUUCACUUCCUCCAGAGAAGUCUGUGGAGAUAUGGAUAAGAUUUUGUCAAUUUGAGCAAACAUAUGGAGAUCUGACCAGCAUGUUGAAGGUUGAACAAAGAAAGAAGGAAGCUUUAACUAGAUCAGUUGAGGAAGGUUCCACAGUAUUGGAGAAUACUUUAUAUGAUGUCAUCUCACGUUAUAGCUUCAUGGAUCUUUGGCCAUGUUCGCCAAAAGAUCUGGAUCAUUUGGCAAGACAGGAGUGGCUUGUAAAAAACAUCAACAGAAAGGUUGACAAGUCAAAUCUACUACAUGGAGCUAAUAUCACCGAGAAAGGUUCUGUUGGAUUAACAACAAAUUCCAAGGUUUUGCUGCCUUCUGCAAAGGUUGUUUAUCCGGAUACUGCCAGAAUGGUUAUAUAUGAUCCAAGGCAAACUUUAGGAUCUGAAGCUGCUUCCACAUCUGCAUCUGGUUCAAGUCUCGUCGGUAGUGGUCUAAAAGCAUUUGAUGACAUCCUGAAAGUAAUUUCACCUACCUUAAUGGCUUUCAUCACAAACAUGCCUGCUGUUGAAGGACCAUCUCCAGAUAUAGACGUGGUUUUAUCUAUUUUGCUACAGAGCUCUAUACCAACAGGACAGACUGGAAAACCAGCCACUUCUCUUCAGCAAAUGCCUGGUGGUCCAGGACCUACCACGAGUGACCAUUCGGGCUCUAUCAAGACACGAAUGAACAAUGGACCACCUCACAGGCUUCCUAGAGAUGGACAUUCAGGCAAAAGAAAAGAUCUUGACAGGCAAGAAGAUGAUGAAUCGACGACCGUGCAGAGUCGGCCACUUCCGAGAGAUGUUUUUAGACUCAGACAAAUGCACAGAAGCCGAGGUCGGAGCACUUCGCAGACGGGUUCAGCUGCAUCCGGUGGAAGUGCAUUCUCGGGCGACCAAUCGGUUAGCACUGACUAACAAAAUAUAUUGAACAUGCAGACGUUAUCUUGACACACCUUCAAUUGAGGAAUCGUAAUGGUUUUUCUCUUUCUAUAUAACCCGAAUUAUGUUUCUUUUCUGGACAACUUUUCCUUUUGGCCUGUACGCAUCAAUUCAUGUAUAUAUCGUUGUAAGGUUUGAAAAUGGCUUAUUUGCCAUUACAAUUUUUAAACCUCUACAUGUAGCGCAUUCGUUCAAAA